AUGCAGCACUACGACUCAUCUGCACGGCUCAAGCGGGCGCGCAACGUUCCGUCACAGAUAUUCACGAUCAGCGAUUGGAUUUUAUUCUUCUACGGUGUCUCCUUGAACCAUCCAACGAAUCAACUAUAUCGUUAUAUCCUCUUUGCGCUCACCGACACUGAGCGACAACUGCAAAGCCAACUACGACCUCUUCUCAGACAGAAGAAGAUUGAACCACGGAGUUCACCCAGUCACCGGAAAACGUUUCGACAGGCGAACUAUGUCGUACCCUAUUGUGGAGUCACAUACUCACCCUGCGUCAACGCCAAUGCGCGGCAAACGAUCCCCCGCAUCGGUAAACGUGCACCCGACGACGAGCUAUCGCCAUGGCGGCUUGGAGAGCUUGCUCUCGCAGUGGAUGUCGGCACGAUUGCGCAUGUGGAAGCACCGCAACUGUCUGUGAAUGACGGCAACAAGGGCGCAGACGACGAAACCCUGUAUGGCUCCGGGGCUACUGGCUACCGGCCUAUCCUCUAGCUCCGUACUGAACAUCGCCUCACCAAGUGCGC